UCUCUGCGCUCGGUCCUGACUAGAAGGACGGGGAGGAGCAGCGGUGUCGAACAGAGCCUGGCGAGAGACAGACACACAGAGGGUUCCCCUCCCCCGCUCCCGGAGCCUGACACACGGACCCCCUCCUCCUCCUGCUCCCCCCUCCUGACACCGAGACCCCCUCCUCCUCCUCUCACCUGACACACAGUCACACGGCGCCUCAGUUCCAUCUCUCUCCUCAGCUCUGACACACCGGGGCCGGGCUGCUGCUGUCACCGGGGCGGGGGACCAGAGCCAACCAUAUGCUGUAAUGUCACUGAGGCUGGGGGCCGAGCUCCUGCGCUAGGGACACAGCAUUAUCCCCUGCUCAGUAUAAUAUAUAUCUAUAUAUAAAUAUAUAUAUAUAUAUAUAUAUAUAUAUAUAUAUAUAUAUAUAUAUAUAUAUAUACUCCCAGUCCCCGGCAGCAGCAGGCGGAAUACUACCCGGAGACAGACAGCUGCUGCCCCAAAAUAUGCUGCUGGCUUCAUGAGGGUGCUGAGAGGAGGAGGAGGACAUACAGCCAGCUGCAGCCAGGAGAAGAUCCCAUCCAGCCCCCUUAUAUUCUGUCUUCAUACCUUGUUAGCUGUGUGAAAGGAAAAAGCCUCUCAAUGACAGAAAAAUCCCCAUUGAUCUCCGUGCUACACUUAAUGGAUUGAAGCUGGGGGUGAGGCAGAAGCCAGCCCAGGCACAACCCAGUCUCAGUAAACCAAAGAAUAUUUUGGUAAAUUUCACCCAUUAUUUCCUCCUCAGCUUGAAGGCACGCUAGGCUGUUGUAAAUGUCUGGAAAGGAAUAUCAUUAGAAGGUGCAGAUUUGUUUUAUUCGUACAGAAGGAUAUUUGUGACCACCAUAAUAAUAUUUUGGUGAAGGUGUUCAGGAAAAAUUGAAUCCAAGGAGGCUUAUACACAUUAAGCACAAUUUGGCCUCAACCAGACAAAUUAUUUUUGCUCUGAAAAUUUGUAAUGGGGGAUUACGGGUUUGGAGUGCUGGUGCAAAAUAACACUGGGAAUAAAUCUGCUUUUCCAGUCAGGUUUCAUCCACAUCUGCAGCCUCCUCACCAUCAUCAAAACGCAUCCCAGAGCCCUGCUGCUUUUAUAAAUAACACAGCUGCCAAUGGCAGCAAUGCUGGAUCAGCUUGGCUCUUUCCUGCUCCAGCUGCCCAUAACAUUCAGGAUGAGAUUCUGGGGUCAGAGAAAUCCAAAUCUCAACAACAGGAACAGCAAGAGUCCUUAGAAAAACAGCAGCUUUCCCCUAGCCAAAGCCAGGAAACAGGAAUUCUACCUGACCCUGAUAAAGUGAAAUCAGAAGAAAACCAAGGAGACAACUCUUCUGAAAAUGGCAAGGAGAAAAUAAGAAUAGAAUCUCCUGUGUUGGCUGGGUUUGAUUACCAAGAGGCAUCAGGACUUGGGUCUUCAAAUCAGACCCUGACUUCCUCUGCAUCCCCACUCACAGGUUUUAGCAACUGGUCAGCUGCUAUUGCCCCUUCUUCUAAUACUAUCAUUAAUGAAGACGCAAGCUUUUUUCAUCAGGGAGGGGUCACUGCUGCUUCAGCAAAUAAUGGAGCUCUGCUGUUCCAAAAUUUCCCUCACCAUGUGAGCCCCAGUUUUGGAGGUAGCUUUUCUCCACAGAUUGGACCCAUGUCACAACAUCACCCCCACCAUCCUCAUUUUCAGCAUCAUCAUAACCAACAUCAACAGCAAAGGAGGUCUCCUGCCAGUCCACAUCCACCCCCAUUCCCUCACAGAAAUGCUGCUUUUAACCAACUACCCCAUUUGGCCAAUAAUCUCAACAAGCCUCCCUCUCCAUGGAGCAGCUACCAAAGCCCAUCACCUACACCAUCUUCUUCAUGGAGCCCGGGUGGCAGUGGAUAUGGUGGCUGGGGUGGGUCCCAAGGUAGGGACCACCGAAGAGGGCUUAAUGGAGGAAUAACACCAUUGAAUUCUAUCUCGCCCCUAAAGAAAAAUUUUGGUAAUAACCACAUCCAGCUGCAGAAGUAUGCCAGGCCCAACUCUGCAUUUGCACAAAAAUCUUGGAUGGAAGACAGCUUGAACAGAGCCGACAACAUAUUUCCUUUUGCGGAUCGAACUAGAACAUUUGACAUGCACUCACUGGAAAGCUCACUGAUUGACAUAAUGAGAGCAGAAAAUGAUUCUCUGAAAGCAAGGACAUAUGGGCGAAGGAGAGGUCAGUCCUCUCUUUUUCCAAUGGAAGAUGGUUUUUUGGAUGAUGGUCGAAGUGAUCAAACUCUGCACAGCGGUUUGGGGUCUCCUCACUGCUUUCCACAUCAGAAUGGUGAAAGAGUGGAGCGAUAUUCCCGCAAAGUGUUUGUGGGUGGUCUGCCCCCAGAUAUAGAUGAAGAUGAAAUCACUGCUAGUUUUCGUCGGUUUGGUCCAUUGAUUGUGGAUUGGCCUCACAAAGCAGAAAGCAAAUCUUAUUUUCCUCCCAAAGGCUAUGCAUUCUUACUAUUCCAAGAUGAAAGUUCUGUACAGGCUCUGAUUGAUGCUUGCAUUGAAGAGGAUAGUAAGCUCUACCUAUGUGUGUCAAGCCCUACCAUUAAAGACAAACCUGUUCAGAUCCGGCCCUGGAACCUCAGUGACAGUGACUUUGUCAUGGAUGGCUCACAGCCUCUUGAUCCACGGAAAACUAUUUUUGUUGGAGGUGUCCCACGGCCUCUACGGGCUGUGGAGUUAGCGAUGAUAAUGGACCGCCUCUAUGGAGGAGUAUGCUAUGCUGGCAUAGACACAGAUCCUGAGUUAAAAUAUCCGAAAGGAGCUGGGCGAGUUGCCUUUUCUAAUCAACAGAGUUACAUAGCUGCUAUCAGCGCCCGCUUCGUUCAGCUGCAACACGGAGAAAUCGAUAAGCGGGUGGAAGUGAAGCCAUAUGUCUUGGACGACCAGCUGUGUGAUGAGUGUCAAGGAGCUCGCUGCAGUGGCAAGUUUGCUCCGUUCUUCUGUGCUAAUGUUACCUGUCUGCAGUAUUACUGUGAAUAUUGCUGGGCUGCUAUCCACUCGCGUGCUGGCCGGGAGUUCCACAAGCCGCUGGUGAAGGAGGGAGGAGAUCGCCCAAGGCAUAUUUCAUUCCGUUGGAAUUGAGCUACCCAAUGCUUAACUUCCUUCCCAAGGAUCCAAAUAAGUGCACUCUUCUGUUCUCUUAUCCUCCCUCCCUCCUACCAUCCUUAGGAAAGCAUGUCCUCUUGUUGUAGUCUGUAUUUUAACAAUAGUAUAACGAAAGAAUGACCUACACCAUAGGUAUUUUGUAGAGUCUUGUGUCAUUGAGAACUGUAUUGGAACGCCUUUUUUGGUUCAUAACAAUAU